UAGAGGACACGCGAGCGGAGAGGUCGAGCGAGGGGAAACAAUUUUAGGAGGACGUUUGUGAGCGUCAAAACAAAGCGCUCCGCUGAUCUGCAAACAGCCCGACCUCCGUGUGAAGGUAUCUGUUCAGCAUCAGGGGCUUCUAGGGCAGCGAGUGGAGCAACCUGAAGAAAGUCUACCUUCAGUUUCCCUCAACGUCAGGCCUCAGCUCCUCCACAAAGAGGAGCAUGGAAGAGAGCGACACAGAGCAAGUGCUAAGAGGCUGAGGUGGAAUUUGGAUGAAAUCCAUGAGCAGUCAGCUCCCUCAACGUCAUACCAUGGAUCCUUCACAAAGUGGACAGAGUGGAGCAGGAAGAGAGCUACAGGGAGUCGGCUCCUUCAAUUUCAGGCCUCGGCUCCUUUACAAAACAGGAAAUACUGGUCUUUUGAGUGCUGAAGGUAAACUAAUGACAGCAAUUCUGAUUAGGGCCGACAGCCCUGUUUGUUGCAGGAUUAAUACACUGUAAAACUGUUGUGCCUGGCAGAGUUGAUGAAAACUCAAGUAACCUUCGGGAGCAUCUUACACCAGAGGUUUUUUGUAUAUUUUGUAUAGAGGUAAAGUAAUGAAGGAGUCCUGCACAUUUUAAUUUCACUUAUGUAAUUGUUCAGAGAUUAUUAAUCUUACUCACUCUGUCAUACUGUAUGGUUAUACUACAUGAAGAUAAGUGGAUACUGUUAUCAAAAGUCUAAAUCUCACUCACCGGUUUUAAGGGAGUUGUAGCUUCCCUUCUGUUUCUAUGAUGAUGUGUGUCAGACUGCAAAAAAGGGCAAAUCUGGGCUGAUUGCCCCAAAGUCAGUGUGAGGUGAGGCAGAGUUCAGGUGGGGGGAGAAAUAGUAGGGGAGAACUGGAAAUAAAGUCACCACUAGAGGGGGCCUUUCCCACAUGGUAAUUCAAAGAUUGUUCAUUUUACUCAAUUUUCAUGGCAGUCCAUCUAAUAGUUAUUGAGAUAUUUCAAUCUUAACCAAAGUGGUCAAAAGACAGACAGACAUAAUACGUAUAUAUAAUAUUGUACUCCACCACAUUUGUAUGACAGCUUUAGUUUCUACUCUACAGUUGAAUUAUUUUUGCUUGCAAAACAUAUGAAGAGCUUAUAAAAUAUGAUGUUUUCUUAUAAAUUAGGCUAGCCAACAGUAGAACAGCUGAAAUGAUUAGUCAAUCAAUUGGCUACUCGAAAAAAAAAAUAUUUUGAUAAUUGUUUCAGUGGUUCCAGCUUCACAUAUGUGAUGAUUUGCUGAUUUACCUUUGAAUUAUUUCAGUAAUUUGAAUGUAUUUUUAAUAAUUUUUAUGGUUGGGACUAUUGGUUUAACAAAAGAAGCUUUGUGAAGGUGUUACUUAGUGUCCCUAUCUUCCUGAAGUUUUACCAACCAAACAAUCAAUUGAUUAAAUAGAUUAAACUUUUUUGAAAAUGUUUACUUUUAUUUAAGUAAAAGAUCUGAAUACUUCCUCCACAUUUACUUUGUCAAAAACUAGAGACACUCUCAUCAUGUUAAAACCCACAUCCUGUCUAACUUGUUACUCUGGCUCUGUUUAUAGCAACAGUCUCCCCUCAUGUGUUCACAUGCCUUGUUUUAAAUGUUACACUGUCUCUUCAUGUUUACCUCAAUCAGCUACAACAUUUCACCAAAGCCGCAAGAAAACACAAAGGAGAUUGAUGUCAGUACAGUUUGCUGUGGUGUUGUUAAAGAACUGUACAAAGAUGCAAACACAUAAAAACCCAGCAAUGAUGAUAAAGAGCCAAAGGCCCCAGACCUCCAUAGUUGUUGUUUUGAUGAGGUCAAAAUGGUUUUAAUAUAUCAUGCUCUUAUUUCAGUCUACCAUAACAUUUGUUUGUCUUUUGUUUUGUGGUUUUUUGUUGUUUUAGGUAAUUGUUGGCAGACAGAAAAGAAAACAGCAUCUUCAGUUUCAAACAGCUUUACAAGGCGGCCUGAUAUGGGCAAAACUGUUGGACUUCAGAAGAAAAGUGGACUUUCCUUUGCAUACUUCUGCGAACCUGCUAAACUGGAGGGAAAAAAAGCACUGAGGAUGCCUGUUGAUGAUACAAACACACAUUGUUCAGCUUGGCUGCUAGAGGCAAUAAUGUACCUCAACAGUAUGCAGUUUGUCAGAGCUGUCUCUUUUGACAUCAAAUCGGUCAUUUACAUGACUCACCCUACAAGAGGAACAUAUUUUACCUGGGCUGAGGAUGGAACUUCCCAUGUUGAGCCGUAAGCGCCCUUUGUUUAAUGGAUACGAAAAGGAGCCUCCGCUCUACUCAAAGAAAUGUUUGGCCAGCCUGGAAACUCUGCUGGACGGUUAUCACACUGACAGGUCAGACAGAGUCAGACUGAAGACAACCUGUAGUCACUUCUGCACACCUGAAGCCACAAAACACCUGACUGACACUCAGAGCUUCUUUGAGCAGAUAUCAUCCUGGACUGACACACAGUACUCUGUAAGGAAAGUACUGGAGCAUCUCAAGUUCAGACAAGCCUCUGAUGACAUUUUUCUUAAUGACUCGGUCAACAAGAAGUUUUUGGAGUUUUACCAUGACUUCACUGAGGAAUGUGGCGCAGAAGAUAAGCAGCAUUCAUGGGCCGUUCUUGAGAAACAGGAGGAGAUCGUCAUGUAUGGACCUUAUUAUCCAAAUUACAACAACGGAGAGCACAGCGAGGACAUCAUUAUUAAACAAACCGAGGAACUUCUAGAGUCGGAGGCUGUCUCACAAGGCUGGAAGGUGUAUGUUUUUACCAUGAACAGCCCGUGUUUGGCUAGAAACACUGGUCCAUGCAUGCUGAACCUGGUUCAGAAAGCUCAGGAGUGGUGGAGUGUGUAUGGAGUCAAGACUCAUGUAGGUUAUGUAAAAUGCUGGGGCUUCAAAGGAACUAAAGAAAAUCUGUUCAGGGACUUUAACUAUAGCCAAGUGGACUGUAUAGAUCAGACUGAUGAUCAUGAGAGCUACGUUAAAGCAGCUGAAAAGAGCACAGAUGUUACUCCUUUAUGUGAAAACCUGUUUUCUGCUGUGAAACACCUCCUGAGAUCUGUGGGUUUCCCUUCAAUAAACAUUGUGCAGGGCCAGGACUGGAAGAGUUACUUCAAAAGUAUGCAUUGUAUUUUAACAGAAGAUGAGAAAAAUAUCUUCAGCCAGGAGGUGAACACCGUGGUUGAAGCUGCACAAGCUUUGAGUUUUGAGGAAUGUUUAGAAAAAGGACGGACAUUUGCAUUCAAUUACACUUUUAGUUCACAAGUAUCUGACCCCAUCCACUAUCAAAUAAGACUCACAUUUCAACAGUGUUGGAGGGAGAUGGUGCAGGACAGAUAUGCCAAGUCCAUCAGGGAGAAGCUGACAGAAGAUUUCAAUCAAUCCACCGUCCAGCUUUUUAUCAAAGAUGUUGUGAAGUUCACAAAAGAAUACUUACAAAUUGGAAGGAUACAGUUUUCAGAGGAAGAUUCAAAAGUUGUCUGAUAACUAAACUCUUAAGAGGUUACAUACUUCACAAAUGUUGGGUAUGCAUUUGAAGAGGAAUGAAUGACACCAAAACUUUACAUCAUAAAUACCAUUUACAUUGAAAUGUUUUGUCUUUAUUAGUUUCCUCAGUAGAGCUACUACAGUUGCACACAGGAGGAAACGGCAUCAGGUAGUGUUAGCGCACACUGAGAAAUGCCCAUCUCUCACUGUGUCUUUACUCACAAUAUAUCACAAAUGGUGUAUUACAAUUAUACUGGAGUGGAGUUUUAACAUAUAUGCUCAUAUAUUUGUUAUUUUGGUAAUAAUUACACGUGGCGAUAUCCCACAUUUACACAUGUUGCCCUCAUGUUUGUCACAACUAAAUUAAAGUAUUGCUUCAUAAAGUUUAUUAAACAACCUUCAGCUGAAAGAUGAUAAAUGUGUGGUUUGGUGUUGUGCCGUCAAUAAUAAAUACUAGCAGGAUUUUUUUUUAAAUGCCCUCAAGUAUUAAAGAAAAAAAGUUUUCUUAUUGGUGCACAUUUGCACUUCUGUCAGGAGAGGGAGCUGCUUGCCAUCACCACCAUCCACAUUCAUCAUGUGCAACUUACUUGCUGUAUAGGUAGUUUAUCAAACAUUAUUUUUCCAUAGAGGUGUCAACACUGACAUGUCUUCUUUUUUAAUAUUUUUUAACAAUUUCAAUUAAACAGACAAAAGUACACAAUUCAGGCAACAGAUUCAGAAACAACAUGCCACCAGGGUGCUGCUUCUAUUGCACUGAGAAGGAGAUCAUGUUUAUCACUGGUGUUGAGGAGUGAUGGAUGUCUUGAGCAAUUCUCGUUACAGUUUAUUAGGAACGCUCCGAAUCAGAUUGUCUUUGUAGAAUUAGAUUAGAUUAGAAUUAGAUGCAGUGUGAAAUUACACUCAUUGCAAAUAAGCGACUAUACCGAGAUAGUUUUCCUUUCCUUACAGUAAUUAAGUUUUGAGACAUUGCUGCUGAGACUGAGCCACCCUACUAAAACUAUAAUGAUUGGAUGUUUGUUUGUGGUGCUCAAUUAAUUUAAACCUUUUGAAAAACUCAAUAGCAAAGUGCUUAAUAGGAUAAUCCACAGACCUCACUACCUCUGAAAAGUUUUAAUCAUUUACCGAACAUACAAAAUACUGAAAACUGACCACACUGAGGUCUGUGGAUUGUUACCUAGCCAACACAUUUGUUCUGGAAAGAGCUUUUUGAAAUAACUAUUAGCACCACAAACAAAAUGCCAUUUUCCCUCCAUUGCAUUGUGGUGGCAUAUCUACAAGUAAAUACUACUUGUGAGUGUUAAAGUGUAUAGUUUUUCUUAUUAUGUGAAACGACCCUUUAACUACACUUGCUACAACUCCUCCAUGGUGCUACUUUUGACAUUAAGGUGUGGUUCUUU